UUAGUGAGAUUUUUCAUUAAUUUGCUAAAAUUGGAAUGUUUUUGAAGAGAUAAUACAACAAGCUUGGACAAUAAUAGAUCUUUUGUAUUUCAGGAGAAAAUGAAGUUCCAUCUGAAGAUGCCCUAAUACUACAACUGCAUCUCGCAAAAGGACAUGAGAAAUUCACUGAAAUGCUAAAAAGCCAACAGCAGAUCAUUGUUGAUUUGCAGCAAAAACUUGCUGAACAGCAGCAUGUGUUGGUUAGCCAGCAACGGGAGAUUCUUGAACAGCAAAGAAAAAUGUAUGAGCAAAUGGAUCUGAUCAAAGUCCAGUAUGGCAUGCUUUUUGAUACAGUGAAACAAAUGUCAUUUCAGAGUUUGCAAGAAGAUAUUCAAAAUUAUUUUGAAAGUCAUCUUCAUGGACUUCAAAACCAGGUCAGAAAUCAUCUCCAGAAGUCAUACUCUGUGGACAAAGUAGAAGUGGAUGCAAAAGUGAUUAAUGUUGGGGAGUCUUUGCUGGACUGUGGCCUUUGUGAAAGUGAUGAAUUUUGCAAUUUCCAAAAGACACCUUCACAAUGUGAAAAAUGCACAUUGUGUCCUGCUGGUUUUUUCCAAAUGACUGAGUGUUCUGCAAACUCUGAUCGGAUUUGCCAGGACAGAGAUGAGUGCACUGAAUCUCCAAGCAUUUGUGGUGAGAGGAUAAAAUGCCUCAAUACUCCAGGUGGUUUCCGAUGCCUUGGAAUUGCUGAGAAAGAUGCAGCUUUGGGAAUGUGUGGAGAGGAACAUUUCUUUAAUAAGGAAAUGCAGGAAUGCCAAGCGUGUUUAAAGUGUGAAGAUGGAGUGGUGGCUGUGCCUUGUUCUGCUGUCAGUGACACGGUUUGUUCAGCAGCCAGUGAAAACAAGCUCUCAGAGUCUUGGGCUGCAAACAUUGUUCUGCCCUCCGUAAAGUCUGGCAUCUCUCAGGUCUACUCUGGCUUGAGCUUGAAGAUCAAGGGAAAGCUUCCCUGUGAUAUCCUGUCCACUGAAGAGAGCAGCCUGGUAUUCAGGCAACAUGGUCUGUUGUGGACUGACUUAAAUUUUGCAGUAAAGCAUAACUGUAGGAACUUUUUGCAACUUUCCUUAAAGCUCAACGGCAGUGAGGAAGACUAUGAACUGAGCGGUGUUCGGAUCGAGCAGCCAGAAGGAAAGUAUUUCCAGAGCACUAGUUUAAGUAGUGCUGCUGAAGUGGAGCCCAGCCAAACUCUUUCUGUGUAUUUGAGGAGCCCUAAUCAAUUCUGCAAUCAAAGCAAAGACUUAAAUAUUUAUGAUCUUAAUACCCCGCUCAGUUUGUUUUGGUUGUCCCAUGACACAGGUGCCGUGGCACUCCGUGCGCAGAUGUCAACAGCGAUGCAUUACCAGACCAACUAUCGACCUACCUUUAAAAUAAUUUCUGUUUCUGACCCUUAUAUGCUAAGUUUGUCUCAUGAUGGCAGAGCUAUAAAGUUCACUGAAACUGGUGUUGUCAAAUUUGUGUUUCAUCAAGCAUUGUAUUCCAUGGGUCAUACGUGUGUCCGGGAGGGCUUCUCCUUAAUUUCUUACAUCAAUAGGAAUGGUACCAACAGAGAAUUAAUGAAUGUAUUUAAAUCUGGGGUAAAUUACAGAGACACAUCAAUAUCUGCUUCUGGGGCCACAAAGGUUGGUGCUGGAGAUCUGGUUAGCUUUGAGAUACUUUCUCCUGCACAGUGUAAUGUUCGCUAUUUUGGAGAUAGUUCUGGAAUUAGUAUGUUUAGCCUCAUCUGGAUCCCUUCAGCAGUUUCUAGUGCCAUAUCAGCCACAGUUUCUGUUACAGCUCUGCCUACUGGAGCUGUGAGGAACAAACUACUGGAUUUCACACAGGUCUCUUCCAAUGAGAAACAGAUACAACUGGUCUCUUCUGGACAGCUUGCUCAGAAGUAUUUUAUUUUUACUGAAAAGGGAGUUGCCAGCAUUGCGUUUAACUUAAAGCUAAUCCAUUCCUGCAAUGUGCUCAAAGUGACUCUCAAUCAGCUGACCACGGAUCACAUGCAGCCCACUGCAGUUGCUCAGCAGAUUGGAGGUCAGAUGCCAGAGGGAAGCAUAUGGACCAGCGUGUCCCUCCGUGCAUCUUUUGAAGUACAUAAUGGAACAUUGGUAUCAGUUUCUCUUGACUGUGUGCGUGGAAGGAUCAAUCAGAUCACUCAUGAACAUGGAACCAGUAUAUCUAUUUUAUGGAUUUCAUCUUAAUUUCUGUGCAGUGAAGUUAGCAUGGAAUUGGGAUUUCAAUUGUAUUUGGAAUCUACUCUGAUUCUAUACAUAUUUGACACUAUACUGUGUCGACUUGAGCGGAUAAUCCCACAGAAUGCUUUCAAUUUUAGGAAUAUUUAAAUAUAAUCUUAACUGAAUGAUCACUAUUUAAAGAAAGCAAGAGCUUUCAGUCAGGAUUUUAAUUCUGCUACCAUCUUCAGACAGGGGAAUGUCAAACUCCCUUAUUUUUAAUAAAACAGCCUCUUAAAAUUGAUUAUUUCUGGACCACAAAAAAUUGCAACUGAGGGUAAAUAGCGUUUAGUACUGUAACUGAAAGCAGCAUAGUCAAAUAAUUUAAACCUUUCAUUUGCUUUCAUAUGCUUUCAUUUUUUUCAUGCAACAGGCUAAUAAAAAGACUAAAUGUACUUUGAGGCUAAUUUGUCUACAUCAUACAAAAUGUUGUGCUUUCCAUGAAGGGAGAGAACAUGCUUCAAAUAGGUGAUAAUGUGGCAACACUGGAGUAUACAUUCUUAAUAUUGUGGAAAGGGACUGGGUCAAAAAUAGAAUAUUGUUUUUACAACAAAAACAGUGGAACUAAUGAUGGCUCUAAUUUCAUUUGGAAGUAAUCUGCAUUUAAUAAUUUAGGAAGGCUUUUCUCUGUUUUUAGUUUUGCCAGUGAAAAGUUGCAGAAUGAGGAGGAAGGGGGUCUAUUCUAACAAGAAAGAGUAUAUAGGCAAAAAGAAGCAAGUACUGAAAGAAUGUAUUGAAAAUUAGACUUCGGAAAAUUAAGCA